GAUCAAAUGUCGGACCGCAGAAAAGUCUUGCGACAAGUAUUUAAACGUAUAUAAAUAAAUAAAACUCUUCUAAGAGCGACAUAUUAUCGCUGGACUGUCUUAAAAUUAUUUGGGUAAUAAUGCUAUCACGUUAUUUCAACACUGAGGUUCCGUGCUGAAGUCUGACUGAUACAUUUAUAAAGGAUUAAUCAAACUUCAUCAUGAGUUAUAUUGGGGAAGACAGUGAUAAUGAAGUGGAGGGGAUCAUGAGGGGCCGGCCACCCAGCAGUUAUGGGUCUAUGAAGAGUGACGAGCCAGAAGACAUGGAUGACUUUGAUGAUCCUCCAGCAACAACGAUCAGAGUCAUCCAGGGAACUCCGGGUUUAAUGCUUCAGCGCCCAGAAUCACCAGAGACAGCGAUAACUGAACGUACACACACAAAUCAGUCCAGCGUACACAGAGAGGGAGUGUUUUUGAAACCUGCGCCCGGCGGACACAGAGCGGAAACAUUUCCAGCCCAACACAGGUCCAGAGUGGACAAAGAGCACACGGUGACAGUGGGGUCUGAGGUGCGGAGCAACAUUCGGGCCGAGAGAGAACCGGAUGAAGCACAGAGCGAGAGACAAACGGAGUUCAGUGAGACACACAUGGAGGAGGAACCGAACGAAGGCGGUGCGAUGGAGGUGCAGCAGGAGGACAAGAAGGAGAGGGAGAUGAGUGAUGAUUAUGAUGAAAUUGUUUUAGAUUCGGACUUCAGUGAGCCAGCGGAGCCUCCGCCUCCUCCUCCAGAGGGCCAUGGUCUUCAGUUUCGUCACAAGCACCGGUCACUCACACUGAGCCAUCUUUUAUCGGCCAUGGUAUCGAGUCUCAGACCGUUGAGGCCAGUUGAAAUGGCUUAUUUAAAGCGAAGUCUGUGCGGCCAUUACAGAUUUGCGUCUGACUACUCGACAAUUGCUGAGCUAACUGACGCGUUGGAUCUAGCAGAUAAACUCAUCGAGCUCUGCGGUGAAGGAGAGGCGCUGUAUCUCACUAUACGAUCACUCCAAAGCAUCAAAAAGGAUGAGCUCGCUAACACACUGAGGAAGACCUGUAGAAGAGCUUUGUUGCAACAUGAUUUAAAAUUGGACCAUGACAGGCGAUUUUACUCGCUGUAUGAAGGCUGUUGCCGGCCGGGUCAGCAGCGGUUCAUCAGCGAAGUGUACUCCGAACCUCUGACCGUCAUCAGAGACAACGGGGAUCCUGUAAACACUGAACAUGAGGUGCGCAGGACAGCAAGCACAACUCAAGAGACUGUAAUAAGGGCUAGCGACAUCUUCCGACCCCUCCCAAACGACCCCAGCGACGUUCGUACAAUCAUGAUGACCGGAAUUCCUGCUUCCGGACUGACAGUGGUUGUGAACAAUUUCAUCAUUGACUGGAAGGAGGGAAAAACCAAUCAGGAUUUUCAGUUUGUGUUCCCACUGGCAGGGAAGGAGUUACACCUCGGGAAAGAGGGCGAUCAGACCUUCCUACUGAUGCUUGCCACGUUUUAUCCUGAGGCUGACAACAUCAGAUUCAUAGAGAAGGAAGACUGCUUGAUUCUGUUCAUUAUCGACGGUCUAGAUCUUUGUGAAUUCCCACUUAACUUCAAAGAAAAUGCCGCUAUUACAAGCAUUGCGACGAAAGCCCCCGUGGACGCUCUGCUGACCAGUCUGAUUAAAGGCACGAUGCUUCCUCACGCCCGAGUUUGGAUCACCAGCCACAGAGGCGCUGCUCACAAAAUCCCCUCUCAGUUCAUCAGCAGGUUCGUGGAGUUAAGAGGGCUCACGGACGCGCAGAAGGAAAUCUACUUCACAAAGCGAACCAAAGACCCGGAGCUCGGUAGGAAAGUUUGGAACCAUGUGAAGAAAUCCAGAACCCUUCAGAUCAUCUGUCACAUUCCCCUAUUUAGUUGGAUGGUGGCGUACGUAUUCGAGCGUGGAUUCCGUGAUCCUGAAUAUGGUGCGCGUCUGCCUGCCCUCACAACAUUCUAUUCGCAGUUCGUCAUCAUCCAGAUGGACAGGUCAUUCGAGAGGUACCGCGGAUAUAGCGUGGAGGCACAGAGGUGGAAGGAUGAAGACAAGCUAUUUCUGGAGAGACUGGGAAAAAUGGCAUAUCGCAUGAUUCUCGAGGAAAGGGAUGAGUUCAGCGUGAAUGAUUUGCUCUCCGUGGAACUAAAAUUUGAGGAUUUGGACUCUCGGGAUGAACUCACCACCGAGGUCAGGAGAACGAGUGACGACCAGAAGACGUGGGUCUUCAAGUUUGUGCACUACACCGUCCAGGAGUAUAUGGCAGCGAUGUACGUGUACGUCACAUUUAGAAAACAAGGGAAAAAUGUAAUGGACUCAAACAAAAGCCUGUUAACAAAGAUGCUGAGCAAGGAUCGGCCGAUGAUGGAUCUGUACCGUACAGCAAUCGACCAAGCACUGGCUUCUCAGAGGGGACAGUUCGAUUUGUUCUUGCGGUUCGUGCUCGGUUUGGUAACUCCGGGAACAGAGGACAACCUGCGCGGAUACCUGCUCCCGCACUAUCAUCCCAAACCCAAAGGGAUGGAGGAUGUAGUUAAAUACAUUAAUAAGAAGAUCAAGGAAAACGCUCAUCCUGGGAGGUGCAGGAAUCUAGAAUUGUGUCUGGUUGAACUGCAGGAAGGAAAAGAUGAGAAAUGAGAAGAAAAAAGAAGUACAGUGUUACACAUUGUAGGUGUGUUUUGGGAGGGGUGACAUUUUGAACGUUGUCCUUGCAACCAUUUUAUACAGCUUUCUUUAAGGAGCAGGACAAAAUCUAACUGAUGAACUUUCCUGCAAAUCUCUAAUCUCAUUUGUGCUUGCAGAAACUUGACAUCAGUGGCACAAAUCGCUUUUAUCCUUUUUCUCCUUUUUUUUUUACAAGCUCUAGAGUCACUGUUCUUUUUAUUGCUUUGUAUUUAUCUUAUGUUCAGUGGAGGAAGGUCCGUUAUAAGGGUAUGGAACCACUUCCAGGGUAAUUCAUUUUUAAAUUUUGGAUGAACUGUUUCUCAAAUCGUUUUGUUGGUGUGAGCAUCUAAUGAUAAAUCUAAUGAUUUGUUACCUUUUUUAUUUUUUACAAACAAAAACACUUAAAAACAAAGAUAGCGCCUCUCUAUAAUAUGAUGCACACAUUCCAUGACUUUAACAGACAUUUGUAACACUAGUGAUUGUGUAAAUCAUAAAUUCAGCAAUACACACGUAUCAUCUGUAUGUAUGUGUCACAUGCUUUAAAUGACUUCGUAAUGCUGCCUUUAUGCAUCUGUAUACUUGUGUACUAAAGGAGAGGUUAACAACUUAAGUGUCCAUGUUCCUGUCAUAUGUCUAAUCGAUAAACACAUUACUGGUGUGCAUCUUGAGACAAAACAAUGGCAAUGACAUGUUUUAAGAUGUUCAGCAAGAUAUUUUCAGCAAAGCACAGCUUAAACUUUAAUUUUAGUCUGGGACUAGUUUUAAACCAAGUCUCUGAAACUGGUAGGAUUUUUUUUUCAGGUUGUUUAGAGAGACUUUGUGUUAUUAUUUUAAAUGUAUGCUCCAGAAUUAAAUUCUGUGGACACCGGUCCAGAACAAUUUGAGUAUAUGUGUUUUUUAAAGAAGACUACAAUCGUUCAAACAUAAGUCACAGUUAAACAGUGGUUUUGCGUAGAUGGAAAUUUUUAUUUAUAAAAAUAUUAUUAUAUUAAUAUAUUUAUAUAUUUAAUUUAUAUUUAUGUAUUUAUAAGAGUUUUGUGGCAAGUGUGGCAUGAAGAUCUCAGCUGCUACUAAACCAAAUUAUAAUUGA